CCAUCCCAGGACUCACCCCUCUCUGUUCUCCCCUAGGAAGCUGCACAGUGGGAUGAAGACGUACGGAUGCGAGCUGUGCGGGAAGCGGUUCCUGGACAGCUUGCGGCUGCGAAUGCACUUACUGGCUCACUCAGCGGGUGCCAAGGCCCUGGUCUGCGAUCAGUGUGGCGCCCAGUUCUCGAAGGAAGACGCCCUGGAGACGCACCGGCAGACGCACACUGGUACCGACAUGGCUGUUUUCUGCCUGCUGUGCGGCAAGCGGUUCCAGACGCAGAGCGCCCUGCAGCAGCACAUGGAGGUGCACGCCGGGGUGCGCAGCUACAUCUGCAGCGAGUGCAACCGCACCUUCCCCAGCCACACCGCGCUCAAGAGGCACCUGCGCUCCCACACAGGUGACCACCCCUACGAGUGCGAGUUCUGCGGCAGCUGCUUCCGGGACGAGAGCACGCUGAAGGGCCACAAGCGCAUCCACACCGGGGAGAAGCCCUAUGAGUGCAACGGCUGCGGCAAGAAGUUCAGCCUCAAGCACCAGCUGGAGACCCACUACCGAGUCCACACAGGUGAGAAGCCCUUUGAGUGCAAGCUGUGCCACCAGCGCUCCCGGGACUACUCGGCCAUGAUCAAACACCUUCGGACCCACAAUGGCGCUUCCCCUUACCAGUGCACCAUCUGCCUGGAGUACUGCCCCAGCCUCUCCGCCAUGCAGAAGCACAUGAAGGGCCACAAACCAGAGGAGAUCCCCACUGACUGGCGGAUAGAGAAGACCUAUCUCUACCUCUGCUACGUCUAAGGGAGGAGGCAGAGGGGCAGCAGGGCCAAGUGGCAGAUGACUGGGCAAAAAAAAAAUCCCACCAAACCCGCAGCAUCCAUGGCCUUGUUUGUUUUCAGUUCUCAUUCGUUUCUUCUCGCCGGAAGGAUCCUGCAGCUCACGCCGGACUGAGCGACACACCGGCCCCUUCUCCCGCCCCGUCCAAACUGCUGUCCCAGCUGCUCAUGCGCCUGCUGCCCUUUCACCCUUGCUGCAGGGCAGAUUUCACCCUUUGAACCCCCAGCCAGGCCCCCCGUCACCUUUGGCAUUGGCCACUGGUGCUGCUGGGAAGACCAUGUAGGAAAGAGGCGCUUCCCUGAAAGUGUGUGUACAGCUAGUGCUCUGGGAAGGCUUUCAUUCCUGGUGUCCUGUCACUGCAUAGACCCUGCCGUGGAUGCCCUGCAGAGGCCCUGAGCUCCCAUGUGGGCUUGGGCCCCAUUCUGGCAGGUUCUCAUGCUCCCAGGCUGCAGCAUCGCAGGCAGGAGAGCACAGUGCCCUGUGAGCCACAAGUGGUUUGGCAAGAGUGUCCUGGGGGCAUCCUGGCCAGAGGAGGGUGUUUGGGACAGGGAGCCAGCUGGGAGCCAGGCUGCCUUGAGCUGUUGCCUGGUGUCCAGGUGGGCUCAGGGGCACAGGAUGCUGCUGCUCUCCCCAUGACCAAAGAUGUCUCUAUGCAUUUCUCCCUCCUUCCCUGCCUUCCCGGGGCAAGGGUGAAGCCCCUCAUGGGGAGAUGCAGUUGGUUUGGUGAUAUGCAGUCAGUGCCAGUGUUGGAGCUGUUAGUAUGUGGCAUCACUCUGAAUGCAGGGAUCCUCUUUUCUUCUGCUGAUUUGGGGCACCUAGAAGGUGCCAAGUGUGGGGUUUUUUGCCCAGCCCUCAGCCACAGGAGCCCACAAGUAAGGGGUGCCCCGUGGCAGGCGGCUUUGCUCGCCGCUUUUUUUGCUUUUUGUUUGGGUUUUUUUGAACUUUCUUUUGGAAUAUUUCCGCAUUUAGCACAUUUUACUUGAAAUUACCUCAUUUUUUUGUGACCUCAUGAGCUUUUAUUGAUUUGGGAGGGACAGGGGUUGGCAUGGCUGGGGUGCACCAGCCACGUGCCCAGCAUUGGUGGUGGAGAGGUGGUGGGGCACUGGUGUCCCUGCCAGACUCCUGUUGUGCAUUAUCCUUACCAAAACUGGUAUUUUUUGCCUGGCCCCAUGGGGCUGGGGGUGUUGGUUCUGAAGCUACCUCUUGUGUUUGUUUUUGUUGUGUUUCUCCUGCGCAGCCGCGGGCUUGGUGGUUCCAUCCCACGGUUCUUUUUUUGUCAUUUUGCUGCGUUUGGGUGAAAAGGGGGGAAAAGGAGCUGGGGGUGGGGGUGGUGGGACAGUGUCUGGACAGUUUGGAGGGACACUGAUGGCCCCUCUGUGUUUGGGGUGCCCUUCCCACCUCUCCUGGUGCCAAGCAGGGAUAGGGCUGUGGGAGCAGCGUCCUGCCUGGCGCCCCAGUCCGGCUUUGCACGUGCGUGUGCCCCUGCGUGUGGGACAGCUGCUGCUCUGCGCAGGGAGGGCACCGCUGCUGUACAAUCCGGGAUGUGACUGUGGAGAACGGCUCGUUUCAUUGUUGUGCCUAAGAAAAAAACAGGAAAAAUACUUUAAAAAAAAAGAAAACAGUUCUUUCACACAGAAAGUUGCUGCAAUUUCUGACGUGUGCAUGGCAGGUCCCCGUGGUGUCCUGGCGCUGCCAGACACGGGUGCCAUGGUGCCAUGGAGCACGUGGCCAAGCUCAUGUGGCUUUUUUUUUUGCUUUAACCUCCCCUUCCAUCCCACCAUCCCUCUCCCUCAGAGACACAGCCCCCACUGCAACAGUGUUGGGGUCAGCAUUGGAGUGAUGCUGCUGUAUCCCGGGCGCACGUCCCCGCACCGUUGGCUGUGGCGCAGCCCCUGCCACCCCUCCAUAUAUAUAUAUGUAAGUAUAUAUAUGUGUAUCAUAGCAGUGAGGACCAAGCGCCGCACGGGGCCCCGUGGUCCCGGGCUCCCUCUCCCCUGGCUUGGUGUCAGUGUCGUGAGCGCCCGCCUGCCCGUCCCGUUGCUCUGUGUUUUCGCUCGUGGUUCGGGUCCGUCGCUGUCCUCGUUCCGUCUACCUCAGCACCUCUCUGAGCCCGGGCGCAGAAGGUGCCCAAGUUCCCCUUUGGUUUUCUCAGAGUAUCUAUCGGCUCCUAUUUUUUGUACGACUUUUCCUGUCUCACCGUUUGCUCCCCUGCGGUUCUGCUUGCGAGUCCUCUUUCUGUCCUCUAGCCACAGAUGCCGUUAGCUAAAAGUUUCCUGAAAAAUAAAGAAAAAAAAAAAAAAAAAAAAAAAACAGUUGUGGUGUCUCCUAGUUGCAGCUCUCCGCAUCUGCCUUCGUCCUGUGUAGAUUCAGAUGCAUUUCUUUGUAAGACUUCAGUGUUUCUGACAGAGGAAAAAAAAAGACAAAAAAAAAGAAGAAUAUACUGCUGCAGGUUUUUUUCUCUCCAUGUGUCACUAAGUGAAGUUCGUGCCUUCUAUAGCAAAGAGAAUAUUUUUUACAUCCUACUAACGGUAGAUUUUUUUGUAGUGAACAUUUUUUGUAUUUUUAUUUAUAAGUCUCAUAAGGAAAAUAGCAAUGUUCAGUUGUAUACCUUGAAUCUGCAGUUAGAAAACAAAAGAACAACCAAUAAAGUUAAUUCCGUUGUCUCA